CUGAAUGCUGGAGUUAAUUUAGAAAGUGAGCGAUAUUUGAUCACAGUUGAAGCAGUGAAAGUGAAUGAAGGACCUUCUGAAGGUCAGCUGAGGAACACAGAAACUCCAGGAGUGGAUAGAAAUGGUGUAAAAGCUGAUGUUCCCCCUCCAAGACACCUGUCUGUCGGCUUGAAAAGGAAGUUCAUGGGUUUCCGAGGGCCACGCCAAGUUGAGAAGAAAAUAGCAACAAUAGAAGAGGGAGAAAGCCCAACAAUAUUGCCAUCUAAGCAGUGUCAAGGUUCUUUUCCACCCAAGUUUUAUGUUACCUCUCCAUUAUUUUCUACGAUUUGCAAGAAGGAUGUAGAAACAAAUCCAUGUGCAGGCUACCGUGAAGGUGCGUGUACAGGUAGUGAUGGAGAACACGUGUCCCUCUCCUCACUGCUUUCAGCUCCAACUCCUGACAGACGUGAGGAGACAGAGAAGCAAUACUCCGAUCAGUCCCUGGUGAAGCCAGAACCUCCUCUAAUUUCUGGACAUGUCACAUCUAGUAGUUGGACAGCUGGUCACGGGGCAGUGUCACACAACAUCAGGAGCACAGCACAGAUAAUAGCUCUUUUGAAGUCUAAACCAACAGAAGGAUGCAGAGAGCAAAUGUGGUCUGAAGUCUCAGCAUGUCCUUCUAGGUUUCAGGCAUCAGAAAACAGUGAUAGUCUCUAUAACCCUGAUUUUUCAGGCAGCCCUGCCAGAAGACUCACACGAAAUACUCAGCACCUGCCUUUUGCAAAGGGAACUGUAAACUGUAAGAAGGAAUGGAAUGCUGAAAUGCUUCUAAAUUCAGCUGAACAACCUUGUGAUAACAAAUUUACAGGACAGAGACAUGACAAAAAGGCAAGUAAUUUAAGUCAAGACUUACAAGAUCCCUGCAAUACAACUAGUUGCUUCCUACUUGAAUCUACCAUAAGUAGAAUGAGCAAUAGUGAGUUUGGCCCAUCCUCAGGUGACAUUUCAUUUUCAGUAAGCCCAGUGACCUUUGAAAAAACUCUCUCCAAAUACAGGGAACAUUCAGUGACUGACAGUCUCCAGGAGAGAUCAUCUGUGAAGCUGCAAAGUGAGCUUCAGCCAAGACAAAAUUCUGAAAGAGUGCCUAGUGACCUGGAGCUCUCUGAGGACAGAACGUUGACUGAAAUGGGAGUUGAAAAGGAGGAAUUAAAUACACAUGGCAAAGUCUGUGGUCCAGAUGAAGAGGUGAUGGAGGUUAACUUUAAUCUAGUGGAUGCUUUUGAUUUUAAUGACACAGACAGCGAAGACCUGUGUGAAAGAGAUGUUAAUAAACUCACUGAAGGAGACAAGCUUUCACCAGGUCCAGAUUGCUUAACGGGAGAUGUAGCACAAUAUGCUGCAUUGAGGCUUCAUUCUUGCUGUGAAGUAGGAAUGCACAGGAAAACUGAAGAGGUCCAAUGUUCAGCAUUUGAUGGAGAGACCAAUGGAAAUCAGUGCAGUGGGGGUACACCACCUCAGCUUUGGGAGAACAACGUCAGAGAUGCUGGGAGGACUGCAGAAGACUCUGCAAACCAGACCAGAAUUCAAAUGGAGCUUUUGAGUGAUGGACACAACACAAGAGAAAUUAAUGAAAAUCAAUUAAGUAUUGAAGCCACAAACAAUAUGAGGGAUCCUGAUGGCUGUGCAGGGCAUAGCAUUAAUAGCAUGCUGUGGAUAAAAAGCAAGCCCUCUGAUCUUUUGCCUAGUGACACAAAUGUUAAUGAAUGUCACCCUAAAACCUCUAUGUUUGAGAAAACUGGAAGUAUUUCCUGCAUUUCUACCAGUCAGAUAAUUUCGGCAGUGGACAAAAGGACUGAAGAUGUUCUACAGCUCGGAUGUAUGAAAUGCCCAGAUGAUGAUUUACAACACUUCUGGGGUACUAAGAGUGAUGACAUUAAACCAGGCAGUCCUUUGCUGGCUUUGUCACAAAAAUCUGAUCCUAGCUGUGGGUUGUUCCAAUAUAUUCCAGAAGACCAUCAAAAGGUAUCUGGCAUUUCAUAUGAGAAAGAUGCUCUCAUUUCCAGAAAUUCUAUCUAUGCUUUAGGAAAAGGCUGCUUGCCUCCAGAGGAAACAGCAGCUGGUGAACCUGAGUUUGCACGUGUCGAGAGCACAGAUGCCUCUUGUGGAGGCUGCAGAGGUGAAAGAACAGGAAUGGAUUGCCUGAAAUGCACGACAGUGACUGAAAAUUCAUCAGGUCUUCCUGAUUUGGUAAACAAUAUCGCUCUUCUAGGAGCUUUGACUCAACAUAGCACAGCAUUAGAAAGCUUACAAAAGAUGGAGGAAAAUCAUAGUGUAUUAUAUGAAGCAGAGAAUUCUAAAGAGAUAUUUGAACCCCUGGUGAAUGAUGAAGCUAUAAAACAGUUUACAGAAAUGCCUUACACCAAAAGUAUACAGGCAUCUUCCUGUCCAUACUUUGAUUCUUCUGGCCUUAUGCCUGUUGCGUUUCAAGGGCACCAAGUAAAGGGAUCGGCAGCUAGUGAGAUAAUGUUGAGAGCUCCCUGCUCACAGCUAGGAUGGCAGCAGUACCCAGAUAAUACAGAAUUUGCCACUGAGAGAUUUUUGCAACCCCUCUUUUCAAGCAGUUAUCUCCUUUCUACCUUCAGAGAGUUUUCAGGUUCAAGAAGUCUUCAAGAGGAUGAUACUAACUUUAUCAGAGAAGAGAAUUUUCUAGAGAGGGCCAAUGUUACUAAAGAAUCCAGAACAGAUCACCCCUCACUGGCAUUGAACGGGUGUUCUGAAGUUCCACCAUGGACAAUGUCAGGCUCACCUCUGCCCUCUGCCUUGCGACAAACGCAGUGGACUCCGUGGGCACCUGACAAGAUGAUUUCAUCAGAAGAACUGACUUCCUCACUUCAUCCAGACUCUACAGUUUCUCCAGCUUGUGGAAGUGAGGAAACUAUUGGAGACAUCCAGGAGCCCCUGACACACAGGAUCUUGCCAAGUGAACCAGAACUUCCAGAAUUCUUUUUCACCCGGGAGAAACCCAGCUAUCCAGAGGAGUGCAGCCCCUCAAGAUUCAAACCCCUAGUUAAACCACAGACUCCAUUUGUUGCUCUUCCUGCCACUGAGAAGAUUCCUGACGUGGUUUAUCCAGCUGACAGCAAGGAGGUGCAGUGUUCCUUCAGCUCCUCAGCAGCCCAUUUAGGCAUCAAGUCAGCAGUAUUUCCUAUUAGUGCUUUUGGCCCCGAGGACAGAAACUGUGAAACCUCUCUGCUGGGAGAGCAAAAGGAGGACAGACAAAGGGAGUCUGUACAACCAGUGUCUCCUAAUGUGGCUUCACAGUAUAGACAAAGCAAGUGGCUAAAAUAUCAAAACAGUGCUCAGUGUGACCCGAUAACUCAAAACAGCGACGCCAGCGAUGACAUCUGUGCUGAGAACGUCCUUGGAAUGCUGCGGGGUGACACAGGAGAGAGCAGUGCUGUGAACCAGAGUGCUCCUGGCCCUGCACCUCUCCUGACAGCAAAGAGUAUGCUUGGUAAACCCUGUCCAAAUGCCAGCACCCAGGAUUUGGUUUCAGAGAGGAAGUUACUUUCUCUGCACUUAAGUCGGACACCUCUGGCUGAAGCAACACAAAAGGUGUUAAGUCACCUGAGCUGCCAUGCUGUAACAGGAGAUGGCCAGGCCAUAACGAUUCCUGAGUUGUCUUUUCCUACUGUGGCUCGAGUUAAACACACUAGUCUUCCUAAAAGAAACAUUUCCAUACCAACUGUCUUUCAGUCUCAUGUUCACUACAAGCAGAUUUUUAAAGCAGCUCUGACAGAGCAAUUAAACGUAAUGCUGUUUGAGUCCUCCCAACGAUUACACAAUGCUCUUUCAAAAGUGGAUAUAUCAUUUUACACUUCACUGAAAGAUGGGCAAAAGGAGGGCAAAGAAAGCUGCGUCCCACUGUGCAAUCACAUGCGUCCUGCUAAGCUUGUGGCAGUUAAAAAAGAAGGCCAAAACAAGGGUCGUUUGUUCUAUACCUGUGAUGCCUCAAAAGCUGAGCAGUGUUCAUUUUUCAAGUGGAUAGAAGAUGUGAACCCUGCACAGACAAAAUCGAGACCUGCUGUGGUGCUUCAUGAUGUAAAAAGUAUUGGGAUAUACCUCAGAAGUCAAAAGAUUUGUCUUUAUGAGGGGUGCCAGCUUUUGGUGAGGAAAGCCUUUGAAAUUCAGAUGCAGCGGUGUAGUAAGUUCAAGAAAUUUAUGAAUGCAUCUACCGCAUUUGAUGAUGAUUCCAAAACCAAAUUAUACCUCAAGCUAUGCAGUAGGGAGCAUUAUUCUCUCUACAGCAAAGAUGAUAUCUGGGUUGUUUCAAAGACUCUGAACUUUGAUCCCCUUGAUACUUUCAUUGCAAAUAGUGCUUUCUUUGGACCAUCCUCCAACAAUGAAAUAGAAUUACUGCCGCUGAAAGGCUACUGCCCCUCCAACUGGAGAUCAAAUACAUGUGUUCAUGCCUUGCUGGUUUGUAACGCUAGUGGUGAGCUGACAUCUUUAAGAAAUCUAGAGGAGCACUUGAAUCCAUCCACCUUACCACUAACACCAUAUCUACUAAAACUGAAUCUUGAUUCUGAAAAUGCUACUAAUAGAGUCAACAAAAGAAAAUUUAUUCCACCCACCAUCAGCCUGAAAUACACAAUGAUGCCUGGACCUGUCAGCACUGAGGUGGCAAUGGGAUUAGCUGAAAAGAUGAUCCAAACGUUCUCGCUGAACCCAGAUCAAGCAACGUCACUGAUUCAGAUAGCGCAGAUGAUGACCUGCGAAGACAGCAAACAAGAGGGAGAACGUCACAUCUUCCCCAUCACAAUCAUACGUGGUGUUUUUGGAGCUGGCAAGAGCUAUCUGCUCUCUGUCGUGAUCUUGUUCCUAGUACAGCUCUUUGAAAGCAGUGAAGCUACAGAGGGUCCAAGGCCAGCUCCAUGGAAACUUCUGAUUGCUUCUUCCACGAACGUUGCUGUCGACAGGAUACUGCUGGGUCUACUUGAUCUUGGAUUUGAGGAUUUUAUCAGAGUGGGGAGUAUUAGGAAAAUCACCAAAGCAAUCCUUCCCCAUAGUUUACAUGCUGGCUCAGGAAAUGAAAAUGAGCAGCUGAAAGAGCUGCUUGCUCUCCUGAAGGAAGAUUUAACUCCAGCCGAAAAAAUAUACGUAAGGAAGAGUAUUGAGCAACAUAAACUGGGGACCAACAAAACUAUACUGCAACAGGUAAAAGUGGUUGGAGUGACCUGUGCUGCCUGUCCUUUCCCUUGUCUGAACUCUCUGAAGUUCCCCGUGGUGAUGCUGGAUGAGUGCAGUCAAAUGACUGAACCUGCUUCUCUCCUUCCCAUUGCAAGGUUUCAGUGUGAAAAGCUAGUCCUUGUUGGAGACCCUAAGCAAUUGCCACCAACUAUUCAAGGGUCUGAGAGUGUUCAUGAAAAGGGAUUGGAGCAGACUCUCUUCGACCGGCUUUGCUUAAUGGGACAUAAAGCAGUACUCCUUCGGACACAGUACCGCUGUCACCCCGCUAUCAGUGCCAUAGCCAACGAGCUGUUCUACGAAGGAAAUCUGAUAGAUGGUGUUUCUGAGAAAGAGAGAAGUCCUCUGUUGGAUUGGCUUCCAACACUAUGUUUUUAUAGUGUUACUGGCACAGAGCAAAUUGAAAGGGACAACAGCUUUUAUAACAUGGCAGAAGCUCACUUUACAGUCAAACUCAUCCAGUCCCUGAUUGCAAGUGGAAUAGAAGGAUCUGUGAUUGGUGUGAUUACUCUGUAUAAAUCACAGAUGCAUAAGAUUCAGAACCUGCUCUCUGGCAUACACUCUGAGGCUUUUGGGGUGAAAUCUGUCCAGGUGUCCACCGUAGAUGCCUUCCAAGGAGCUGAGAAGGAGAUCAUUGUUUUGUCCUGUGUCAGAACAAGGCAACUGGGGUUCAUAGACUCAGAAAAGAGAAUGAACGUUGCACUGACGAGAGCAAAGAGGCAUUUGUUGAUUGUUGGAAAUCCAGCCUGUCUGAGUAGGAACAGACUGUGGGGAAGAGUCAUUCAUCACUGCCAAGGACGGGAAAACGGAUUCCAACACAUAAGCCAGUGUGAGCAGCAGCUGAAUGACAUUCUGAGGUGUUACUUGGAGAAGUGGAAGGAGGAGGAACAGAAUAAGAAAAAGGGAAAAUAAAACAUGUCUGU